GAGAAUGGUUUGGUUCUCGUAGAGCAAGAAGCGGAAGAACCGUCUCAAGUAUCUGCGGAUAGUAGUGGAUCUUCAAUUAGCAUGAAACCUGGUCCGCUGCUGUUCUCUGCAGAAACCAUCAAACUUGUCGAACGAGCAGUUCCUGGUUCAUCAAGUCUUGAUCAGAAAGUUAGGAAAUUGGUAGACACUAACAAGAAGAUGCGUAAAGAUUAUGAAGAGAUGGAGCAAUCAAUCUACAACCAGCGAAUGAUUAGAGCGAAUCAUCAAGCAAAUGCGGCUGGUCACGGUCCAUCGGAUGAAGCGAACAAAGAGGCGGCUAAACAAUUGGCAGAACUCAAAUUUAAACUGCAAGAGGCUGAACGCGAGAAUACAAAUCAUCAAGGAAAUAUCAUUCGAAUAGAAGGUCAGAUGAAGCGAUUCAAGGCAAAUGCUGAGACCGCCGAAAAGGAACUUGAUGAGGUCAAGACUCAAAACCGCCAGCUCAAAAAAGAGGUACCGUUUGACCCAUUGACCUAUGCUGUCAAAGGAAUCGAUAUGCACGAUUUCGAGCAGUGA